UUUUUCGCGUGCGGGAUGUUUCUUGUAACGAUUGCUAUUGAUUUCAAGGGAAGAAAAUUAGCCAGUCGAAUCUGGACACCUUACGACUAUUCGUCUGCAAGUUCCUAUCUCCUUACUAACGCUUACGAAUUCAUAUCAGCGAUAUUUGCGGUUUCCGUAUCUAUUGCUUGUGAAACCCUUUACGCAGCUUUGUUACUUCACAUUUGUUGCCAGAUCGAAAUUCUUGAGCAUCGUUUUAAGACUCUCGAUGGGCAAGAAAAUUAUAUGGUGAACCAGUGUGCUUCACAUCAUCAUCAGAUAUACAUGUUUGCGAGAAGGGUUAACAAUGAGUUUAAAGGAGUUGUAUCGUGUCAAUUUUUCACUAGCAUGUCAGUGCUGUGUCUAAAUCUCUACCAAAUGAUGAAUUCAGAGAAAUUAUCAAUGUGCAUGGAAUCAGUGCUCUACUCGAUAUGCGUGUUCUCGCAGAUAUUUUAUUAUUGUUUCUACGGGAAUGUAGUCAAAGAAAAGAGUACCGACUUUCCUGAUAUAAUAUUUGGCAGCGAUUGGCCGUCGUGGAACGAUAGCUCUAAGAAGGUUUUACUGAUGGUCAUCAGGCGUUCAAGAGUACCCGUCGAAUUUACCAGCAUGCACGUGGUAUCUCUGAAUCUGAAAUCUUUUAUGUCGCUAUUGAAAACCUCUUACUCCGCGUUCAACCUGAUGCAAAGUAGCCGAUAAUUAAAAAAUAAAAAAGAGAAUGGUUUGUGAAUGAUUUCAAUGAAUACAUCGUAAUAUUACGAUGAAACUUAUAAUUGUUGACUUUGUAUUUUGGAAAAACAGAAUGCAAGCUUCUUUUACAU